UAGAUCUAGAUCUAGUUGCAAACAAUGAUGGCUCCCUUUGAAUUCCAUAGUAUUCCUUAGCGUCAAAAUGGAGGCUGACGGAUUAGGAUUCGGUACAGCGCAGAAAAAAGGUCCUAAAUCUGGAAGACGAGCUGCACAGGCUACAAAUAACCCUGCACCAAAUCUAGAUGAAGAGGUAUUAGCUACUGAAACAUCCAAUAAAAAGAAACCUUCAGAUGGUCCACCUGGAAGACCCAACAAGGCUGUGUCAGGCUGGGGUGAAGAUGCACCUGCAAGAAAACCACGAGCCAGGCAGUUAGGGGAAGGAUUUGAAACAGUGGAAGAUGAUAGAUUCAAUAAAAAGAACUCAGAUAAAGAUGAUGAUUCUGAAAGUGAUAUACCCAUCAUCCCAGAAUUAGAAGAGAAUGUUGAAGAAGACUUCACAAGUAAAGUUGCUUUAGCUCCAAAUGUUGCUGUCAACAGAGUCGCGACAUACAGGGAACUGGACACAGAUCUUCUCAAGCAGGCAGCAUUUUUAACAUUGGAUAAUGAAAUAGAUCUCAAGCUACUAACAAAAACUCUUUCGCCAUCAGAGGACAUAAUAGAAGAUGACAAAGAAUGGACAUGGGAUAAAUUAUUCACUGAGGUUUCAUCAGAGUUGCGGUUGGAAUGGGAAAAGAAAGAGACAGAAAAUGAAGAGAAGACAGAAGUGGAACCAUGAUCUCAAAAUUCUGUACUGCUAAUUUGAUUUCAGGACUAACCCCUGCUAAGAAUUUAAUCUAAAUUCAUAUAACUAUAUUUUGAUUUCGUUUUUUUUUUUCAGAAAGUACAAUUUUUUUCUAUUGCAGUAAGUUUU